UAUUUACAGAAGUCCGGAAAAAGCACGAAAGCUUCCUUCCAUUCGUCGUCGCCUGUACUCUCGUGCGAACGACACCGAAAAAAAAAUCGUAACCCCGCGAAGACCUGACCGCGCCGGAAACGACAAAAAUAAAAUAACUAACUGCCAAAUACCCAGGAGAAGACCCUAUACAGUCUCUUCGCGAGGGUAAUAACAAAAGAAAGAAAGAAAAAAAAAGAACCUAGAAAAGAAAAGGUAGCCACAGAAAAGGAGGGAGAUAGAGAGAGAAAAAUAAAAAAAAAUAAACCAGAAAGAGGUGCCAGAGAGAAUAUAGUAGAAGAAUGACGGGCCAGUCGCGAGGCUACACAGUGUCGAACCCGCGGUCGAGUCGCCAGGACGACGCUGCUUCUGCUGCUCCUCCGCGCGCGCCCCCGAGAACCAAGAAGUCCUCCAAGUUCCUCUCCUGCUUGUUCAGGCCAAGCAGGUCGUCGUCGUCUUCCGAUCAAUCGUCUGAGUCGAAUACAAAAAACCUCAUCAUGCCGGUUUGGGGAUACGGAAAAUCCACUGGUGAGUUUUGA